AUGUCCACCGAAAUAGACCAAAUGGUCAGCACGGUCAAGGUAACUAUACUGAGAGAGUCAAAGAGAAAAGCAUUCCAACUAUAAAGCAUAUCUUCAGAUCGAGUGUAGAAUUACGAAGGGCCAUGGUGAGAAACGGAGUUGAAUACCUAUUUUGCUUUUGGUAUAUUCCGCUGUACACAUUGCAUGUUUGUUAAUGGACAUUUCAUAACCUGGUCACGGGUCUUGUUAUUUAUUUUGACUAAGGAAACAGAUGAUAUUUAAAAAAAAAAGAGUUAAAAAGAAGAGACCCACGAUGUUUUAAAUUAAAUUUCCCUUAUCUUUACUCUUGGCGACGUAGUUAAUGCUCAAACUUGGGAGGUAUCCCCCCAAAAAAAUCCAGUCGAGCCACCUUAAGAUCGAGUUAACUAGUUCGAGUUACCAAAAUAUGUCGUUUUUUAGUGGCACCCAACGACGGUUUUCUUCUAUAAAUACACUGAAAACACUUUUGAGGCUCGAUCCAGAGUACUCGCAUUUAGAUCUCUAGAAAUGCAUUUUAGUAGAGCUAUAGAUUUUGUACCUGUUCGGACAGCCUAGGGGAACUUGAUUCUUUUCGAAAUUACAAGGGCUUCAGUUCUGUUUUACCGAAAAUUUUAGAUGCAAGAUGACGUACCAUGAAAGUAAGGAUCCCCGUUAUUCCUCUCUCCAUCACAUUUUAAAAUCCGAAGAUAUUCCGACAAAGCAUUUAUCAAGGUGAAGUCAUUUAGUCUUAAAUACGAGAAAAAUUAAGACAUCCUUUUUCACACAAUCUCGCCUUAACCUGGAAGGCUGAGCAUGAGGGUUGAAAUAAACCUUAUAUGAGAACGACCUCAAUAUAAACCCAGCUGUCUUAGCUAAACAGAAUACUAAACCUUUACGAAGAAAAACAACAAAGAAGGAAGGGUCGGCUUGUCAUAAAAUAUCCGAAAACGAGAAAACAAAACAACUCGUCCCAUCUGAGUCGCCGCUGAUUUAACAGACAACUAAAUUUUAAAUUUUAAAUUUGACAUCGUCAACACAAGUGUAAUCUUAACACGUACCAGUAGUCAUUAGAACUAAAAUCAACAAAAGCUCGGUAAACUGUUAAUUUUAGUUACACAUCGAAAGUAUUAGAUAUUUACCCACACCUACGACCUCUACCCACUACCCACGACAUCUAGCUACACUUCCACCAAACUGGAAAGGUCGUGCUGCAAAAUAUAAUAGUAGCUGUAGAUCUUACAGAACUUGUAAAUAAUAGAGAUCUAUAAAUCAUACAGACUCUGUAUAUCCAGUAGAUCCUGAGAUCUAGAAUAUCGUGUAAUAAUAAUAAGAAAAAGAACAUUUUCAUAGCGCCUACAGUGCCGGAUCCAGACCUUUAGACAAGGGGGGAGGAUGGUCCCCAAAAAGAAUUUUUCUCGGCCCCUCGGGCGUCGGUUUGGUCUAAAAAUAGGGGGCACUGGAUCCCUCACUAGCCUAUCCAGUAAUGAUCUAGGGACUUAACAAAGUGAAAACAUGAGAAUAAUAAUAAAUAUUGAUUAAUUAAUUGAAGUUUCUAAAUAAAACACAAAAAAUCCCGUUUGACCCCGUUUUUUGGCUUUUUCCCACACUGCGCAGUCUGUUGCAGGCUGGUAAGUAGCGGGUUAUUAGGUCUUGAAUGUAGGUUGGAGAUUACUGAUGUUAAAAGAGGUUAAGGCUAAACACGGCUCCCGCUGUUUCUCGAUGUAAUAGUACUUUGACCGUCAGAAUUUAGCUCUAACAAGUACCAUGUCCUUUAGUGACUUUCCGCUUCCGCAGGAAAUGAGAGGUGGUUCUCAGUAUAUUGUACUCAGCAAUGGGUGAUUUCCAAUAAAUGCCACUUGUCCAUAGAACCUUUUUAAGACUAGGCACUGAUGAGUUUUACUGUGUAACAAAAGGCGUUAGUUUGUUCUUUUCUCCUUGCGGUUUUUGCUGAAGUGCCGACUCUCUAUCCGUAAAUUUAACUUCUGCGAGGAUUUUAUUUACCAGACAGCAAGUGUGACUUGAAGUUGUCAAUCUUCCUUCAAAUAAAUUUUUUGAAGAGUUGGUUCUCAGAAAUCUGAGUACUUCACCUUUAAAAGAAAUCCUUUUUUCACCCCGGAGGGUGUCAAGAAGUGAAAUCCGUGUAUCGAAAUGUCUCUGUUGGUUUAAAAUGUGUACGGAUGUCAAGGAUAGCGUCUUCGUAGAACCUCUUGCCCUUAAAGACAGUGGUGUCUGGGAAACUUAUUUCCUUCUCUGAAAUUUCAGCCAUAAAUUUUAUCGUAGGAUGAUGUAUGUUUGCUUCUAAAACAAACUGAUUUAUCGUCUCCGUUCCUGUUUUCCACAGGGAGAAAGCAUCUGAAACAUCGUCAAUGUAUCUUUUCCAAUCGAGGGGUUUAGUGUUAGGGUACAUUUUUGCUCAGUCUGCUUUAUUGUUCGCGCUUCUCUUCGUAAUCAUUAAUAUCUAUUCAGUUUAUUAUAUUUAUUUCGGUAUUGGACAUUUGAACUUUAUUCAGGGAUAUAUGAUAUAUAAGGAAAUAAGUUUGUUUAGGUCGGUUCAAAAAUCAAAAGUUCCACCAUAUCUCAAAUAUCUUUUGUUAAGGGACAAAGGAUGGUGUUUACAAGCUGUCAGAACAGUUGGACACACUUUAGAUUCUACUAGCAAACCUUUGCUGGUCAGUUAGUCCUGGCUAAAAGAUUUUUGCACCGACCUCUUUGGUGUUAGGAUCAAUCAAAAAUAGAAGUUGAACGCACGGUUAAUUGUAGAAAACAUCAUAAGUUUAGUUUCAGUCUUUCACGAUUACAGGUCUAAUUGAGGUUAAGAAACACCUCUUCAAGAUUAUUUAAAAAACACAGAAACAAGCUCGGAAGAUACAAAUAAUUACUUCUCUUGGUAGAUGUAUUCAGUUGUGGAAUGGGAAAGUAGGCGUUUCCUGUUAACGAAGUUCGUUUAUUUAAACCUAAGGUUAGUUCUCAUUUUCGCUUCCAAACUUUAAUCAUAAUCAGAUUUCCUUAUCUCGUUAAAAUUUGGUUGGAACCACGCGACGUAACACAUUUUUAGUUCUUUGUUCUCAGUUGGGCUAUUUUCAGCUAAAAUUAACUAACUUUCUUACUUUCAAACUAAAAUUUCUUUCGACUGAAUCUUAGAAAAUUUGCAUUUUUUCAAACCAUUGUUUUACCUUCGUGUAUGGUAAUUUGGCUAUAGAGAUAUUUUCAGUUUUGCAAUUUUUUCCACGGGCAGCUGAAUUUGAUUUAAUUCAGUAUCUUUUGUUCUAUCAGUUCUACCACCUCCUAACACCUAUUUUUACGCCUAAGAAUACUAUUGAUCUUUCUUAUAAAAUACUCUACUUAAUAGUUUAGUAUAAAGACAACCACUUUGUAAGCCUAGCGGCGCUUGAAAAAUUUUGGAACAUUAGUCUAACUUUUACUGAUAAUUUCUGUUUCAAUUAUGGACAUAAAAAUGUUCGCAGAGGGAGGGACUGUGAGUCUGGAGGUAGUUCCUCUCAUUAAACUGAAAGCCCGGGACUGAAAGGAGUUUUCCUUCAGUAUCAGUUUAAGCAUAUCUCGGAGUGAAUCGGUGGGAAUGGGAGUGGCGUUCUCAUAAAAGACUUCGUAUGAUGUCAUAUGCUUGGCGUACGGUGUUUAUCUCUUCUUCUUGAGGAAUAUUUGUGUAAAGACUAGUAACAUCCAUUGAAACUAGGAUCGCGUCUUCAGGAACUUUCCUCUCCUCUAUAAAAGGAUAAUAAAUUCUGUUGUAUCUUUUAGUUAGGAUUUUUGUGAUUUAGCGAUCGGCUGAUGAAUGUGGUCUAUGAUGAUAUUCGCUCUGUUGGGCCGCCACAGCCCUAAAUUAUAGGUCUUCCAGUUAGGGUUGGUUUGUGAAUAUUGGUUAGUGUGUAGAAGAGUGGUAUUCGCGUUACGCAAGGUGUUUGUGAAAGCCAUUUCUUGGCCAUUGUAUCAAUAUGACCUCCUUGAUGGAGAUCAUCAAUUAUUUCUUGGACCUUGAGAGGUCUCUUGUGCCACUGGUGCUUCGAGCGGCGUUUAGUUUUUUGUUGAAGUCGUUGUUUCUCUUAUCUUUAUUCAGCCUUCUGCUACUUCUGCGGNCGUUCAGCGCAUCAGUCUCCACUUUAAAUCAACAGAUCUUUACUUAUUUUGUACAACGAAGGUCUUUCCUAAGUUCCUGCUACCAUUUCAAUCUCAAGCAAGCUUUCAAAGUGAACAAUUUGGUUCAUAUAACCAUGCAGCACGGUCGCUGUCACUGGUCGCGUGCUCUUUGACAAGUCAGCGGUCGCGCAUGCUCAUGCAAAAAAGACCCCUGUUUUUAUUUGGAGAAGCAAAUAUUACCUAGAAUUUUAUUUUGCUUGACGAAGACUACAAAUUUCUAGAUGAACGUUCCAUUCAUGCACAAUUUUCGAAGCUUAUCUAAUAAAUUCCCUACGAUUUUCUGAAAUUCAAUUUCUCACAUUUCACUCCCUAGUUUAGGCUAUUUUUUUUUUGUAGAAAAAGGAAACCUAAAAUGUUCGAAUUCAAAAAUAUGAUUGAGAGAGAAAUCAGAAAAAUUCUCACUUUCACAAUACGUUAAAUUCGCGUAAACUGCCUAAAAAAUUUUCGGCAAAAUAAUGCUGAGGCCCUCGUAACUUCGAAAAGACUCAAGUUCCCCCAGCAUGAUCGAACAGACACAAAUUUUAAAGCGCCGCUUAGAACUCAUUUCUAGAGAUCUAAAAGUACUCUGUAAAGCCUAAAAAGUAUUUUUAACGUUUUUGGGAGGAAACCGUCGUUGAGUGCCCCUGAGUGCCCCUGCCACGAGCGGUUUUUUGUGAUUUCUCACUUUGCGCUUAUCUUUCUCCAUCCUUUUAACUAAAGACUCAGUUAUUAAACAGGGAUAAGAUUCACUCCCUUUAUUGCGUAAAGCUUUCAUCAUUUCUUCCAUUCUUUUGAAUUUGUCUGCUAGCUCGUUCGCUAGAAAUACUACAUUUUCAGUGCUCUCCUUUUCUGGUACCGAAGGAGGCGGAUUCUUAAUCAGUACUAGAUUGUCUAAUUUCCUUUCUCUGGGUUUUUUGUCAGUUUCUGCACUCCAAGCUUGAUUUUGCCCUUUUCCGCUCUUUGGUGGUGGUAGCUGAUCAACGCGGCGACUAGUUUUUGUUCGGCUUCUCUGCGAAUGCGGCUUAUGUCACUCUUAAAAAAUUGGACAGGCGUGAUGUUCACUCGUACGUUGUAUCGCAGAUCUUUUGGACAGGUCUUCGUUUCUGCGUGUGCGCUGAGUUGUUGAAUGGAUGCUUCUGUUUUCUUGAUUCCCUUGUCCAGAGCAAAGGCGCUGUUUCUCUCCUGAGUCUCCUUCUUCGACUACGGUUACGAUAGCCGGAAACGAUAACGUGAGAUCGUAAAAUCGAGACGAUUUUAAUUGAGCAAAAAAUCGCGCGUUUCCCAGAAACGAUGAGCGAUCCCCUAUUUUUUAGCGUACAGACGUCCCCCCUCUCUCAGGAAAAAUCGGGAGAGGAGAUUUUUCCUGAGGGAGGAGGGAACGUCUGUACACAGGCUCACUAUUUUUCUGUCCUUAGAAAUGUAGACCUGUUUGCCACAGGCUCCCCAGUUAAAAGUCAGGAUUGUUUAUUGUUCAUCCGUGCAGCGUGAUUGGUCCGUUUUGAGAUGAGCGCUUGAAUGUUUUCUAUCUUGCUCAGCUGUCUUGCUGCUGUCUUGCUGCUGUCUUGCUCGGAGACGGAUAGCGCUUUCUGCAUCAGUAUGCCAACGUGAAACUGUCGUUUUGUUUUGUUUCUUUGCUUAUUUCAAAGAGUGAACGUCGGAGCAUUGAUGAUCUUCCAAAAGCGUUCGACCCCGCUGUGAUUGAAACGAGACGCGAAGAAAGCUGGAGCCUUGGAGCUCCUUGGAAUUCCUACGAAACUGUCGCCAGCGAGAUGCUUGCAAUUUCUGGGAGGUGAACAUUCAGUGCGUUAUGAUAAAACGUUGGUAGCGUUAUUGAAUUGAGGUCUUCUGCAAAUUGUUGAUUUAAAUAGCUUAUUUCGUUCCAUUUACAGAACCCAAAGACACGUGCGGAGAUGGGAGACAGAACACCUUUCGUCGAGAGAACACCUUCGAAAACCAAAUCUUUCAGUCAGGUGAUUUCAAUUCAGUCAAGAUUUGAUAUAAAAAGGCUUAAUGGCGACACUUGUUUACGGUAA